GGAUUUGCUCUUUGCAUAAUAAAAGGGGCAAAAUGUACUACAGUUUCUUCCAAAACUAUUUUAUAUUGUGCCGUUGUUAGACACUCAAUCACAAGACAUGGAAGGUUUCUUACGUGCAAACAUAAAUACCUCUCCCUUAAUAUAACCGAUCCUCCAGACUAUCUCACUAACUAAUAUAAAGAUAUUGAAUGGGUUGUAGUGUUUUUUUUAGCGUCUCCGCGAUUUAGUCCUUCCACUAACUGGCUUCAAAUAAAAUCUGGGCUCAUUACUUAAUGACUUUAGAUAAAUUUUAGGCAGCGGCUUGGCUGACCUCUAGCAUUGCCGAGGUCCACGACCGACGGCGACUACUUACCAUCAAGUGAGUGCUAGUCAACCGAAAACGAAGGUAAUAAAAGAUACAGAAGUCCAGGUUGCAGUGCAGUUGGCUAAUGGUUUUAGCUUUUGUUUCAUUCCAACCAAAUAUAGCCAUAUUGUUUUUAAGUGUAAUAAUUAAAACGUAAAUAGACAUUAACCCUCCUGAACGCCAAUGUUCUAUUUUGGUAAUAAAGGGACGUGCGUGUGGCAUGCACGAGCCACAUUCAAAAUUAGUUCAAGUCGAGAGCCACAUCUCUUUUAAAUCAAAUUAUUUGAAGUAUUAUAAAUACGACGUACAUUUCCAAUUCAUACAUCUAAAAAACAAUUUUUGAUUUAUGAAAAAAUAACGGGUCAAGAGUUCGGUGAACUUUUAUUGUGUGCGUAAAAUUCUAAAAAUAUUUUGCGGUGUAUGUGUUCCCGAAUGUGAAUUAGAACUUCCUGAACUUUUGCGAUGACGUGUAUCAAACAGGCGCGAAUACUUGUGUAAAAUUGUACUACAUUAAAAAACACGGCGGUUUUUACAAAGUAAAAACUAUUUGGUGUUUAGUUAAAUAAUUUUAGUUAUUUCGAUAACUUUACUAUGACCAGAGGUCCGACUAUAGUUCGGGUGGCUCCAGGGGGAGGCGGGUCAAGAGGAAUCAAGUGCUGCUGUUGUCGCUGUUGUGAGUGUCUCAAUUUUGGGUACUUAAUUUCAAAUCAUGGCAUCAUCAAGUUAGCCGAAGCUAUGCUCGGUGGUCUUUGCCAAAGUCUACUGGUAAAGUAUGGUAUGUCAGAAGCGAACAGCAUAGGAUCUGCCUUCCACAGUUUCUUGACAACAGCCUCCGCCUGUCUUCUUACGACAUCUCUUCUGAUCGCAUGCUACGUGUUAUCUUCAAAAACACAGCAGUUAAUACGGCAAUCCAUAUUUGAAUGCCUAUUUAAUGCUGUGGCGUGUUUCCUUUACUUCUCAGCGUCUUCGUACAUGGGAGUGGCAGUGAACCUUUAUUUGUACCAUCAGUAUGCUCUCGUUAAUAUGUACGCAGCCUAUCCUGCUAUGACGGCCGUUUACUACAUCGGAUUCAUUGUUGGAUUUCUUCACGGAGCUGAUGCUUUUAUUUCAUAUAAAUAUUUUAGAGGGGUUUACUAAAAUUUGACUAGGUUUUCGAAAUUAUUUAUUCGAAUCUCUUUAAAAAGAAGACUUUGCUUAUAGCUUUCCAACAAAAAAAAAAAAAAAAAACUGUUAAUUAGUUGAAGAGCUUAAGAGUUCCCGAGUACCAUGUACAUUUGUUCGUGCCUAUUCGUAAAAAAAAAAGUUCGUAUUCUUUAUAAUACCAAUCCAAAGAGCCAAAGUAAAGCAGAUUUAUGUAAUAUAGUUGAGGGGUUUUUAUGACCAGCCAGUAUCAUGAAGAGAGCAGUUCCAUGGCAACUUCUUUAUAGAUCGUAAUCGAAAAAGUAUUGUAAACUGAACAGGCUAAUCACGCAAAUUUAUUUUGUAUAUUAUUAAAGCCCUAAAAACUACUGAUUCUAAUUAACCCUUGUUUAAUGUAAUGCUUACUUUAACAAUCGAUAAAGCAUAAAAAGCAUCCUGUGUAAUACAUGACUAAAUUAAUAAAAUAAAGUAUUUUUGUACCGUC